CCGGUGCAUUCGCCGCUGCAGGCGCGCCGCGGGUGGCGGCGAUGGGCGGGCGGGUGACCCGCGUUUUCCGGACCUUCAACGUGGAGAACCGGGCCCGCCGCGAGAUCAGCAAGGAGAAGCCCACGCCCGCGCCGCGGCACCACACCGCCCGCAUGGACGCCACGGCCGAUCACCCAGAGAUAAAAGAAGAAAUUUUAAGAAAGGAUGAUAGGCUUCUCACAUUGCUAAAAGAUGUUUAUGUCGAGUCCAGAGAUCCACCAGUACAGGUAAAAGAUGGAGGUGGAAAACAUCUUCCGUGUAAACAGGAGGAAAAGAGACUUACAAAACUAGGCCAUUUGGGAGCUCUAGAUGUUAAGAAAGUUUCCAAAGGCAAAAUUUCCAUUGUGGAGGCUCUGACACUUCUUAAUAACCAUAAACUUCAUCCUCAAAUAUGGACUGCAGAGAAAAUAGCAGCAGAAUACAGUCUGGAACUGAAGGAUGUCAACUCUCUUCUGGAAUUCUUCAUUCCUUUCACCGUGCAGGAAUUUCCUAAAGAAACCAAAAAAGCUAUAAAGUCAACAUAAAAAUACUUGCCAAAACCUGG